AGAAUAAAAAAUAAAUAAGAUUCGAAGAUAUUUAUAUAUGUUAAGGAACGAAUAUAUAAAUUAAACUGAAUUGAAUUGAUCAGCUCAGGUCUUGCAGUUUGGAGAGGCAUUGAGGCAAGACUCUAAUGGUUUGGACAUGCAGAGGAGGGGAUGGUGAAUAUGCUAGAUAAACGAAGUUAAAGAUGGAUCUGCGAGGCAGGGGGGGGGAGACCACAGACAAGCUACAUGGAUGUAGUGAAGGAGGACAUGUAUGGUUGAUGUGAAAGGAGACUGGUUAGAGAUAGUGUGAGAUGAAGACAGAUGGCGUGCUGUGGCGACCCAUGAUGAAUAUAUAUAUUUUUUCAUCAUAUUUUGAGAUAUAUAUAUAUAUAUCUCAAAAAUACAGUUUUUACAUUGCAUUUUGCAAACUACUUGGCAGUUUAUCAUGACUACAUCUUUUGACUCUGCUGCAUGUGAUGCGGAAAGUGCUGAGCUGAGCCAACAGCGUAGCUGCUGUGCUGGAGAAACUGUUAUGACAGCAAUUCUGAAUUAUUGAGCCGUGUUUUUAUAUCGGCACAUAUCAGACAAUACAAGUGCAGACCAGUAUGACGCAUAUGAGACGGGUGACAUGCCAAUCUGGCCAUAUUCAAGAUGUUUGGCAUUAUUCAAUAUGAGUUGCUUGAAAUCUCUGAUAUUGAGCCAGUGGAAAAAAAUAAAAACAAAUAACUAAAAUAUCAGCUUGAAUGGAGUGAUAGGGUAAAGUUUAACCUGGAAAUUGAAUUUCCUAUCAAGUAAUUCUGCAAUCAUUAAUCAUGACCGUGUUAUGUCUUUUUGCAAGAUGAAAGAAAAACAAAAAGUGUGUUAAGUGCUGUGGUUGGCUGCAAUUGAAUGCACAAUGAGGGUUGGAUUUAUUGUAUUAGGUACACCAAGCAAAAAAGAAUGCAGUCCGAUACAACCUUAUACAUUUUGUCAUAAUUAAGGAUUUAAUGUUCAGUUUAAGACAAUCAAACUGUCUGUGCAGUUUGGAGGAUGAAGGCCUUCAUAUUAUGCUAUAUGCAUUGUAAUAGAUGAUUGUUAAAUCCAUUUUCAUCAGCGAGGGUUGUUAGAAAAAUUGUUAGCAUUUAAUAGAGUGCAGUUUAAAUAGCACCAAACUGACAAUUGAAUGAUCUCACAUCAUGAUAAUAACCUGCAUUUUUCAUCUGUGCUUUUAUGGAUGUGCACUUGACCAUUGCAGCUUAUUAACUAAAGAAAACUGUGCAAUGAAGCAAAAAAUGAAAUUCUAAAUUAUUCUUGAUCAAGAAAAUUGGGGGUGGAUAUCAAUCAGUUUGUUUCUUUAAUUGAUUCUGUUCAAUUUAAUGUGUUAGGAGAUCAAAGUAGGCCUAGACAGGUUUUCACUGUUAAACCAGCUUUUUUUUUUUUUUAUUAUUACCUCUGUAUCUGCUUGACCAUGGUGUAGAAUAAAGUUGUUGUUUUUUUUUUUUUUGUUUUUUUUUAAAAGGCUUGCACAAGAUUAAAAUGUGUGAAAGCCCCAAUUGCCAGUUUGUGGUCAUUGUUUUUUGCCAACACUGAUGAAUGGAUGCUAUUCUGAUGAAUUGCACAGUUUGGUACCUGUUUUUUAACUGGAGUCUAAUCUCAGCUCCCUUCGCUAAUCACUGUGAUAAGUAUUGAUUGGAUUUGCUUCUCCUCCAGGCCAUAGCAGUGACAAUAUCACUUGAAUGCAUCAAGUUUCGCUUUCACCAAGUGAUGACAUUAGGGAGACUACUGUGAUUUAUUGCUAGGAGACUUUGCCCCCUCUUAGUAAUUGACUUACUCUAAAUGUGCCAUUCAGACCAGGGUGUCAAUAAGAGAUGGUUCUUCCGCCAUGGAUCCCUACCUCACUAACUGCCUUGUUAUUGCAGGUCUAUCUUUAUACUUUGAAGAUGGCCAUGAUGAUCUGGAUGAUUUUGGAUUUGAUGACUAUGGUACAGAGUGCGACGGUAUCCGCAUCACAGCCUUCCUGGAUGCAGGACAAGAUAACCUUACUCCUCUCGGGAGGCUAGAGAAAUAUGCUUUCAGCGAGAAUGUCUUCAACAGGCAAAUCGUGGCUCGUGGCCUGCUUGAUGUGCUUCGAGAGUUCAGUGACAAUGAAAAUGACUUUAUUAGUGUCAUGGAGACCGUUGCGAGAAUGUCGGAAGAUGGAGAGCCCACAGUCCGAGCUGAGCUGAUGGAGCAGAUUCCUAACAUCGCCAUGUUUUUGCAUGAGAGUCGGCCCAACUUCCCUGCUGCUUUCUCGAGAUACUUGGUACCAAUUGUUGUCCGGUAUCUCACUGAUCCGAAUAACCAGGUGCGGAAGACGAGUCAGGCAGCACUGCUCGUCCUGCUGGAGCAGGGCCUCAUCUCUAAAGCUGACAUGGAGACCAAAGUUUGUCCAGUUCUACUCGACCUCACAGAACCGAGCAGUGACGAUGACUACAAAAUUGAGGCAGUGGCUAUCAUGUGUAAAGUUGUCACCAUGUUGAGCAAAGACACAGUGGAGCACUUGUUGCUGCCACGUUUCUGUGAACUGUGCAGUGAUGCCAGACUCUUCCAAGUGCGCAAGGUGUGUGCAGCCAAUUUUGGAGAAUUUUGUUCAAUUGUAGGCCAGGAGGCCACAGAAAAACUGCUGAUGCCCAAGUUCUUCGACCUGUGCUCAGACAGCCUUUGGGGCAUCAGGAAAGCCUGUGCCGAGUGCUUCAUGAUGGUCUCAAAUUCCACCUCUCCAGAGGUGCGGCGCUCCAAAUUGUCCCCCCUGUUCAUCAGCCUCAUCAGUGACCAGUCCCGCUGGGUACGACAGGCGGCUUUCCAGUCUCUGGGGCGCUUCAUCUCCACCUUUGCUAACCCAUCCACCACAGGCCUUCACUUCAGAGAGGAUGGUGCACUACUAGAGGUCCCCAGAUGUACAUCUGACAGCGGCUGUUCCCUAAACUCCCUGAACUGCUCUGACAUUAGCAGCUGCCACACAGAAAGAACCAUCACCCACACGCCUCCAAACCAGGACGGGCGCGCCACGCCGUCACCAGAACAUGUGUCAACAGCUGACAGCGAGGAAUUGCACAACUUUGAUAACAGCCACACCUUAGUCCCUGAAGAGAUGCAUGGCGGUUUCACCCACACAAACAGCAGUGAUAGCCCGACAGCUACAAACAACGCUAAGAACACGAAAGAGGCGGAACAGACAGACGAGAACUUUAAUUCUUUUCACUAUUGGAGGUCUCCUUUACCUGACAUCAGCGGGGAACUGGAGAUGCUAAGUUGUCAAAAAAUGGAAGAGGUGAAGGAGGAAAAGAGAGAAGAAGAGGAACCUACAGAGAAUUGUAAUGAUUCCAAGUCUAACCAUGGCAAACAAGCUACCAGUGACCAGAUCCAGAAGGUUUUGGACUGUUUGCAGCCACACAUGGAUGACCCCGAUGUACAAGCUCAAGUUCAAGUGUUGUCGGCAGCUCUAAAGGCAGCCCAGCUCGACAGUCCGACAGACGACAGCCCGACUGAACCCCAGCCAGAGCUUCAGCCAGAGCUUCAGACUGAAAACGGUGCAGACAGCCCUUCUGCAGAGAGUGAAAGUUUGGAGGUUCAGUCAGAGAUAGAGGUGCAAUCCACAGAUGAAGAGCAAAUGUCAAAAACUCCCACAUCCUCAGAGUCGUGCCCCAUCCAGGAGCAAGGAGACGAGGAAACGCAGACGGAGCCACUGGAAAACCAGGAGCAGUCUCCUCCCAACUCCCCCGUUCUGGAGUCUGAACUAAUUGAGAGUAUGGAAGAGGAGGGAAAGGAUGACUCCCCUCACAGUCCAUUAUCUGAGGAUAAGCCUAAGGUCCAGAACGUGAUCCCGCAGCAGCUGCUGGAUCAGUACCUCUCUAUGACGGACCCGGCCCGCGCCCAGACGGUGGACACGGAGAUCGCCAAACACUGUGCCUUCAGCCUGCCGGGGGUGGCGCUUACUCUGGGUCGCCAGAACUGGCACUGCCUCAAAGAUACAUAUGAAACGCUCGCUACUGAUGUGCAGUGGAAGGUGCGACGUACACUGGCUUUUUCCAUACACGAGUUGGCGGUUAUCCUGGGGGACCAGCUGACAGCAGCUGAUCUGGUACCCAUCUUCAACGGUUUCCUCAAAGACUUGGAUGAGGUACGCAUUGGCGUGCUCAAACACCUUUAUGACUUCCUGAAGCUGCUGCACGCAGACAAGAGGAGAGAAUAUCUGUACCAGCUGCAGGAGUUCAUGGUGACGGACAACAGUCGCAACUGGAGAUUUAGAUACGAGCUGGCAGAACAGCUGAUCCUGAUCAUAGAGCUGUACAGCCACUAUGACGUUUAUGAUUACCUCAGAGAGAUAGCGCUCACACUCUGCUCUGAUAAAGUCUCCGAGGUCAGGUGGAUCUCUUACAAACUGGUGGUGGAGAUCCUGCAGAAGCUUUAUGCUUGCGGGGCUGAUGACCUUGGCCUGAACUUCAUCAACGAGCUCACUGUUAGAUUCUGCCACUGUCCCAAGUGGGUGGGGAGGCAGGCCUUUGCCUUUAUCUGCCAGGCCGUAGUGGAGGAGGAUUGCAUGCCCAUGGAGCAGUUCAGUCAGCAUCUACUGCCCAGCCUGCUCAGCCUCUCAUCAGACCCCGUGGCAAACGUCCGCGUCCUGGUAGCCAAGGCUCUACGACAGAGCGUGAUGGAGAAAGCGUACUUCAAGGAUCCGGGCUGUGCUUGCGCUGACGAGCUGGAAGAGACCGUGAUGGCUCUGCAGUCCGACAAGGACCGGGACGUCCGCUUCUUUGCCAGUCUGGACCCAAACAAAGGCUUGAUAGACACAGCCCCCCUGAUCUAGCCUCGGCUCUCCCCCUCCAAGCCCUGUUACAGCCCACCUGCCUGUCUUACCUACCUGUUUGUUUGACUGACACCCAGUCAGUUGUAAACUGCAACACCAGCACCUGACCAGAUUCCCCAGCCGCUCGCCUGCUGGGCAGAUUCACACCAACGACCACUUGAGAAACGAUGGCAGAUGUUCAGGUUGCUACGUUAAAAGUAUGAGCAUGCUCAGACACCACAGCUCUGUCUCUGGUUGGGCAAUACAAAGCGCACAUUACCUUCACAGCAACAACAAUGAGGAGAAGAAUAAAGAAAAAAAAAAAAAAAAAAGAGAGCAAACUUGUGAAUUUUCAUAAGAUGAGCAGGACUCAGACGUCAGCUGGACUGCUUUGCGUCAAGCUGCCGUAUUUUACACCUGAACCUUCCCUCUGUCUCCUCCACACUAACAUCGACUCAGUCCCCAAACACAGACUUGUAAAACUACGACAGGCUCUCUGUCUCCAAAGCUAAUUCUAAGCUUGACUAUGAAAUUGAGGUUUUGUUCUUGUGUCUUUUUUUUUUUUUUUUUUUUUCUUGUGAAUUUCUUAACGAACAAGCGGGCGAGGCCUGCCUGACUCUGAUGUGUGCACUAACUCAGGGGGACUCAUCUGAAUCUCAACAGCAUUAUUAGCUUACACAUUAAGCAGAAGCUCCUGGAUCCCUCAUGGAAAGAAAACAAAAAACAAAACAAAAAAAUCUCCAGCAGUCUGAGCAGCGGACCAGCCAAACCAAGUAGCUCUGCUGGUGUCUCGCGCCUCAGUUCAUCUUAAAUGCCUGUUCUCUCAGACAUCCUUUUGUCUUCUAAGAUGUCCUCUGAGUUAUUGUCUGUUCUCUUCUAGCUUCUCAUGUUUCUCCCCCUCUCUUUCACCUGGUCUUCAUGGGCCACUAAAACCACUACUGCUGCACAGAAUGCGAUUCUGCCACUCAGCGUAACUCAAUUAAAUUCAUAUCUUUUAUAAAAUAACAAUGACCUAAUGAACUUUUGAUUGCUUCCCUGCUCCGUGUCUGUUAACCAAAAAUGUGACACAAACUGUCUCCCAAAGAGCAGGAGGCUGAUGAAAUACCUCUGCUUGGACAUGACUGGCCAGUGUGAGGAGCAUCUGUGGUUCAAACAGGCUCUGAAUGUCCUCAGUUGGUGAUUUAUUUUAUUUUUUUCCCCUGUGGUGUUAACUCAGACAUUAAUAACAAGGGCUCAUGAAAUGACACAGGGUGAUGCAAAACUCAGAGAGAAGAGGAAGAAAGCAAGCACAUUGAUGGAUGUUUUUUUUUUUGGCAUGUUUUUUUUCCCCCCUCAAACUUUGUGUUUGUGUGCAUGUGUGCGUGUGUGAUUGUGUGCGCGCGUGUUUAAAGGUCCAUUUCACUUAAGGUCGACCUCCUGAUAUUGAGUUGUGACCACGGUGGUGUUCAGUGGAUCCGACUGACCGGUUGUAAAUUAGGAAAUAGGAACGGCAGUGUUAGUAGGCUAAAAAGAUGCCUGAUCGUUGUUUCCCUGUCUCGGUGGAAUUAUUUCAAGUAUGAGAUUUUUCACAAUUUUGGACAGCUUUGAACCUGUGGAAAAAACAUUAUGGAACCAAGGCCAGUGUAGUCGGGUUUUGACCCGUUUUGAGAUGUGUUAUAAAUAUUGGGAGCAGUCACCAAGUCACUUUGUGUAGUCUCUCGAGCUUGUCUGUUCUUCCUCUCUUGUAUAUGGUAACCCCCCCCCCCUUUUCUUUUUCUGUUGUUGGUUUUUUUUUUUUUUUUUUUUUUUUUUUUUUUUUUUAGCUUAGAAAUAAGUUGAAAACUUAAAUCAAUUGUGGUGUGUGAGCUUUGCAUCUCAAGUCCUCCUUCCUUUGAAAGGAGAGCUCACUGCAGUAAUGGCGGUGUCCACUCAUCUGUCUGCAAUUUGUGUCCCAUCUCAUUUUUUUUUUUUUUUUU